CGCAACGUUGGCCGAGUGAAAAGUGGAAAAUACAGCUUUUUCCCGUUUUCCAUUGGCGGCUUGAGUUUCGUCAUUUGUUGUUGCUUUCGGGGCGCGUGUGCUUGGAAAAUAUGGUGCGUGGUUUCAAAAAUAGUGAAGAAAAAUAUAAACGAUUGCCUGCAAACAAAAAAUAAAAAAAAUGUAAAUAAUCUUUCAGAGAGUAUCUUGAAGGAGUGAUUGUGCUAUUUGUUGAGUAUUAAAUACAUUAAACAACACUAAAACCUAGAACAAACAUAUCGCUAUCGCUGAAGAGAUCCCAAACAUUUAGGAGUCUGGUUUGUGUCCGCACUCAAGCGCUUUAAUGGCCCAGCCGAGAAAAUAUUUACAAUUUUUCAACAAAUGAAACAAAUCCGGAAACAACUGAAACUGAAAGACAAGCAAGCCGAACCUGAAGUAAAAUGUCAGCAACCCUAGUACAAAAGUUGUCAACAAAAACUCAACUCAAUUCCCAGGCCCAACAGCAACCAAGCCGGAAAACGGAGCAGACACCUGAGGUGGAAGUGGAACAUCUGGCAACCAUAUCGCUACUGCUGCAAUACGAUAUAGACAAUACGCUGAAUGCGUUCAAGCAGCACCGAAGGAUGACGCUGGACGGAAGAGGAAUGGGAGGACCCGGACCUCUGGCUCGGGAAGCAGUCAACAACAACCCAGAAAAAGACGUUAAUCUGAAUAUGACUUCGGCUGGGCAAAGGGACCUCAGUAGCCCGAUGGCCGAGCUGGAGGUUGAGCAAAUUGGACUGGGCAAAGCGGGAGCCGCCGGUCAGGGGUUCAUGCCGCCCACGCCUCCAGCCACCCCCAAUAUGCAAAACACGGCCCAGAAGCGCUGGAAGAUUCUGGCUAAGGUCCUGCGUAAGGACUCCGAGGAGACUGUGUCCUCCUCCAGCGACGAGUUCAGCGAGGAGCAGACGGCAUCGGUGAGGCGCUUCAAAAGCUUCGACCUGCUGCGGCAGGACAGCUUUGAGGACCACGUGAGCCUCAAGUGCCUGGGUACAACGGAGAACUGGUACAAGUACCGCAUGCUGCUGGACAACGACGUUGAGUACUCGGUCAACAUCCACCACAUGGAGCGACAGCUGACCGCCAGCGAUCUUAUGGGCUUUAACAACACGGGCAACAUCUGCGUUUGGCCCUCGGAGGAAGCCCUCACGGCCCUGGUGCUGUCUGAGGUGGACGCGUACCGCGGCAAGUGGAUUCUGGAGCUGGGCGGCGGUUUCACCUCCUUGGCCGGCCUCAUGCUCGCCAAGUACGCUAAGCCUUAUGCCGUGCACCUGACCGACGGCAACGAGAUUUCGGUGGACAACGUUCGAAAGACGGUCUGCCUGAACGAGCUGAGCUGCUACACCAAGUGCUCGGUCCUCAAGUGGCAGGAGUGCUCGGCUCGGGCGCAGGCGGAGCAUGCCAAGUUCGACUUCAUUCUGUGCGCCGACUGCCUGUUCUUCGACGAGGCUCGGUCGGCGCUGGUGGACACCAUCUGGUAUUACCUGGCGCCCCAGGGAGUGGCCCUGAUCAUGGCCCCGAGUCGCGGUCGCACUCUCAGCGUGUUCCAGGACGAGUGCGUUGCCCGGGGCUUUACGGUGGAGUUGGCCACGCGGUACAACGAGACCAUCUGGCAGCGACACCUCCAGCUCAAGGCCGACUCCGCCCUGUACGACGAGGAUCUGCACUAUCCGCUGCUGCUCCGCUUGUGCAAGACGCACAGCUAGAGAAUCGGAGGGCACGACCGUGUGCGUCCGGAGCGACUGGAAGUAGGUGCAAUUAAAUUUAGUCAAUGUUUUAGUUGAUAGCAAGAAAAUUCCAGUUUACACCUUAAACAAAAAUGGGGCCGAUGCAGAGCAAAUUCCGCGGAGGCCUCGCCGAACAAAUAGAAAUUCCUCCCACACUGAAACAAAAAUGUAGAAUAUGGACUAGGCUGGUCCCUCAAAUCGCUAAGAAAGAAAA